GCCACUUCUCUCUGCUGUCUUUUCUCUCUUUCCAUCGUUCUCUUUUCCCUCCCGCUCACCCGUCCGACCGAUCCCUCGGUCCCUCUCUAUUUCUCUUUCGCCGGAUCCGUGGCGGUUCUCUCAUGAGCCAGGGAGAGGUGCAGCGUCGAGAGCUCGCGAAAUGCCAGUGAUUCGACGCGACUUCGACUACGCGCACUACGAGAGUUUUUCUCCUUACGAGACGAGGGGAUCGUGUGCUUCGACUGAUGCUCGUUCCUCUGCCCUCCGCGAUAAGGGUAGACCCGCGUCGCGACGCUCUGCGCCUUGAUGUAAUAUCAAUAACUUUGUGAUAUUGAAGAAAAAAACGAAAUUGAAGAAUUCAUCUUUCCUGGAAUCGAUAUAUAAUGAUAGUGUGUAUAAUGAUUAGAUUUGUGCUUUGAAAUUUUGUAUAUGCAUUGAAAAAUAAAAUUCAGUGAUUUGUUCAGUGCUUGUAAUAUUUCUUCGAACGAGAAUUGAUUGGUGAUUCGUUUUGAUAUAAAAUAAUAAAUAUAUAUACCUGACAACGUAUAUGAUGGAGGAAAGGAUGAAAUCAAUGUCGUAAUCGUUUGAGGGCGGAGAAAGUAUCGUCGAAUAUCUUUUCAACGAUUCUAGAUGCUUUCGGAUAAAGUGUAUACACACACAAAAGAACAGCUUUGAAUACCAGUUGGAAUUACUGUGUGAAGGUGUCUCUCGAAAUGUUCGUCGAAUCUAACCUAAAAAAAUCUACUUUUUCGAAACCAUCGAAGCAAUUUGAAAUAAAUAUUGGUUGAUUCGCGAUAUUAAUUACACCGCGAUUACUACUAUCGAAUCAUAGUUUCCUCGAGGCAGAACGUAACAGGAAGACGGUUUUGCCCUUGAAUGUUAACGUUGAAACCGCAUUAUCUCGAAUUAAUCUGGCUUAAAUUAACGAUUUAACUUUAAUUUUUCUUAAGAUAUUGAUCUGAUUGCCGAAUCGCUAUCUAUUUUGUCGAAGGAUCUUUGUUGAGUAAAGUGGCAAUUGUACGAAAAGAGUGAAGAAAGAAAGAAAGAAAGAAAGAACGAUUGGACUUACGGCACGUCGAAAAAGGAAAGCUAUGGUGAUUCGCGACUGGAAGACCUCGGCAGUUGCACCUUAAGAUCGCAGAAACGCGCAAGCGUGCACGUUUGCUGAGCAAUCGAGAGAGACAGAGAAGAGUAGAACUACGAUACAAAUGAGGAAGAGAGAGAUACCAGGAGAACCAGUGCAACCUCGCAGUUUAUCUCUCUCUUUCUCGUUUUCUCUUUCUCUCUCUUCUCUUCUCUCUCUGGCUAUUCGUAACGAGAUAAGGACUCGAAGUGGACGCAUGGUUUGUUGGAAGAACGAAAACGAAUCCUCCAUUCGCGAGGAAUCGUUCGGCGAUUGCUUCGAAAGGGUAUUCGAUUCCCGGUACGAGAUAACUCGAAGCGGAAACCAAGAUAAAUCGAAAGACGUAGAAUGUAAACGGAGAAUGUUCGUUCUUAGUAAAUUUCCUUUCGGCCCGGUGUAAUUCAAGAAAGUAUAAAAUAACGUAGGUGUAUAAAAUAGAUAGGAGGAGAAAUUGUCAAUAUACACAUGAGAUCAAGGUAUUUGAAGAAAAAGUCACGAAGACGCGUCGAGGAUACGGCAAAGGGAUAAAAAGCGAACAAUGAACACGACGAUCGUUUGAGUGGAGAAGAAGGGCCGAACUCAUGAGACCACUGUCCUUUGAGAACUUGAGGAGGCUCGUCGGCCGCAAGAAGGACCGUAACGAGCCAUCCUUCAAGCGCAGCGAGUCCUUCAAAAGAAUAUCGAUAAGAAAAAGUUAUCUAGAUCGGGGCAAGCGACGUAACAAGCUUCAGAAGAGUUUGGAACCGACUGUUGCGCCCUCCAUUGAUACGAAGUUGGACGAAAAAUCUAUCGAGAAGCAGACGAUAAUAAACGAACAGAAACCGAAGAAACUUCAGGACGAUACUUUAAGUCGCGAAUCGAUCAGUUACGACGAAUGGCUGCAAGGUGUCAGUUCAUCCUCGCGCGAGAAAUUGGACGAGGUGCAUCGAGAACAGCAACAAAACAAACAAAAUAAACAACACAUUUUAGGAAAGAACAACGUUUCGAAAUUUCAAAAACAGAUCGAGGCUGAUCACGUGGCUGAAGAUUUGAAAGUUCUCGAUUUAGAUGCAUCGCCGGUAUUAGCUUCGAAACCUUUCAGAAUAUCGAACGAGACGAUUCAAGAAAAAAACAAUCAUCAAGACAUCCUGCAGGUUCAGGAACCAUUUAUCGAAGGACCUCCUAGCGUCAGUAUUAAUCUUGGUAGAAUAUGGAGAGAUGCGGUACCUAUGCCCUUCCCUUCAUCCUCGGGACCAUCUAUACACCACUCUUUGGAUAGUGCGCUCAAAGAGAGGAAAUCUCAGCCUACUGUGGCGCGAACAGUUUCCGCACCGGAGAAAAGUGUCACCGGAAAAGAUAUCACAUCUGCAUUCGGUUUUUCCUUGAGAAUCGCCAAGUUGGCUGAUUUUCGUGCAGGGGGUACGAGAAAUGGUUUCUUCAACCGAAGAACGAAGAAACCAUCGCCCAGCGUAAACGCGGAGGGCUACUUCAAGCGAACGAACGCCUCGAGGCGAUCCAGUUCUCGACGCCGUGGAAAGCGAACGUCUCAGAGGGUAAAGAAAUCCCAACCUCAAUCUCAACCUGUGGCGCGUUCGAACAGUCCGGUAUGGUUCGUCCCGCCGGAAAGACGUAGAUCGAAACGUCAAAGGCGAGUCUGGCGAGAGAUCAGAUACUUCCCCGAGGCUGAAAUUCCUGUAAUCGAGAGAAUCGACGAUUAUUCGUCGAAUUUGUCGGACGAUCAAUUCGACGACCUGAAGUUGUUGCUUUCGGGGGAUUUUAACGACAGGCGAGAAGGAGGUUUGAACUCGUUGGUCUCGUCCUCGUUAGGUUCCUUCUCCGCGACAUCCUCCUCGUCGUCGGCUUGUCGGGCACCAAAGAUUAGCGAUUUUAACGAAGACAAACUAUUCUCCGAGGAACUACGAACUAGCGGGGUCCUCGCGCGAAGAACGAUAUGGCGACCCAUGACUUCGAAUUACUUUGCCAGCAACCAGUUUCUCAGCUUUCUAUCGAAGGGCUCGAGCAAUCUCAUUGGCAAAGAGAAGACGAGAAUAGAUUCAUCGUUGUACUACAGAUGUCUCUCGUCUACCGACAGCGAAACCGAGGACGAAACGACCAAUCAUCUCGAGCGAAGGAAGAGCACUCACGCGAUGCAUAGACAGCAACACUUAAAGAGGCAAAGGUCGGGGCUUAGGAGAAGACCUCUCAGGCGAAAAUCUCAACUUCGAAAAGCUUCCGGCCAGCCAGUCUUUCUCGUGCGAAAAUGUUCGUCCUUGAGGAAAAGACCCAGGGAUAUUACGCAAAAGGGCUAUGAGAAGAAACGGACGCGUCUAUUACAACAGUAUGCCUCAAAGCAACUGGGGGCUGGAAAGGAUGGAGGAGGUGUCGGCGUCCUCGGUAUCGGAGGGGUCGAGAGAACAGGUUAUGGAAGCGGUGGUGGUGGUGUUGGUGGUGGGGGCGUCGGCGUCGGCGUUGGCGUCGGCGUCGGGGUCGGUAUCGGUGUCGGUGGCCGACCACAGCCACGUGCACGCCGCACGCAGCGCCGUGUCACUCACAACGAGAAGCGCUAUCAUUCAGGAGGCCGGCUAGUACCUGGAGGAAUCGCCAGUCCCCCGGGAUCUGGCGGCUCCACCGGAAACACCGGGAAUUCGAACUCGGCGGCUGCGAGACGCGGCAAUCGCAGACUCACGCGCAAUGAGAGCCGCUAUCAUUCCGAGGUGCGCCAGGAGGCGGUGCAACAAGCUUUGGCAGCAAUGCAGGGUCGUCCGAAACCAUCUUUACCGAUGCCGUCAAAGAGAACCUCCGUGAUGGCCAGAAGUCCCGACAGAGAGCGCCGCGAUAGUGGAGAAUCGAGUAGCGACGAAGACAGCGUUGUUACCGAAGAAAGUCCUGGUGCUGGUGGUCCAACGGGCACAGGACUGUCGGAUACCAGCAGCACCGGUUCGGCGCGAGACACGCCUCCGCCUCCGAGACCACCGGCUAGGAGACCUCCUGGUGCGGACAUUACCGACAUCGCGGAAUACACGCCCCAUGCGUACUGUAACAUCCAGCCCCCGGACGUGACACACACAAGCAACACACCGGCCGCACAACAGUCGGCCAGGCGACCGGGCGCCGACCGUGUCAAUCGUUACCAUGUCGUCGAGGAUCAGAACAACACCGGGACUACCGGCCGUUGGAAAGUGUCAGCCAAGAUUCAACAAUUGCUCAAUACGCUGAAACGACCGAAACGUCGUCCCCUGCCCGAAUUCUACGAGGACGAUGACAUCGAGCUCGAAAUCGCGGCCAAUCCCAAAGAUCCGAACGCCCCAAAACCCGAGGGCGGUUCUAUGACCUCCGCGGUCGGUGAACCAGUAUCGGUCGCUGCGGGCCUGCCGAGGUCACUCGAGGUCGCCAUACAGAGGUAUGGCUCGGCAUCGUACAAAGCACCAGUGGCGACCGUUCUUGAUCCAAAUGGCAAGCUUUGCGUAACAUUGACCUAUGGAAAACUUCUAAGUCGUUCUCACAAAAUAGCCUACACAUUGUUAAACAAGGCUCUAAGUCGUGGCGGUGAUUGUUGUUUAAAACCUGGCGAUCGAAUUGCCUUGGUUUAUCCAAACAACGAUCCAAUAAGCUUCAUGUGCGCCUUCUAUGGUUGCCUUCAAGCUGGUAUCGUGCCUGUGCCCAUCGAAGUCCCUUUAACUCGUCGAGACGCAGGCUCCCAGCAAAUCGGUUUCCUCUUGGGCAGCUGUGGAAUUCAGGUGGCAUUAACCAGCGAAGCUUGUCUGAAAGGUCUGCCAAAGACGGCUGCAGGCGAGGUAGUAGCAUUCAAAGGUUGGCCAAAGCUUCAUUGGUUCGUCACAGAGCAUUUGGGCAAAACGCCCAAGGAUUGGCUACCACCACCUCGGUUAACCGACGACACGCCGGCGUAUAUAGAGUAUACCACGGACAAAGAUGGGUCGGUGAUGGGAGUGACAGUGACAAGAUCGGCGAUGCUGGCACAUUGUCGAGCUCUGACGCAAGCCUGUGGCUACACGGAGGGAGAGAACGCCGUGUGCGUUUUGGACUUCAAACGAGAGGUUGGUCUGUGGCAUAGCACCCUCACCAGCGUUCUAAACGGGAUGCACGUGAUUUUUAUCCCAUAUGCCCUGAUGAAAGUAAACCCUGCCAGUUGGAUGCAAAUGAUCACGAAGCAUCGUGCUAGCGUGGCUGUGGUCAAGUCUCGAGACCUUCACUGGGGUCUCUUGGCCACUAAAGAUCACAAGGAUAUCUCGUUGUCGUCACUGAGGCUGUUGCUGGUUGCCGAUGGUGCUAAUCCCUGGUCUCUUUCCUCGUGUGACCAAUUUCUCUCAGUUUUCCAGUCUAAAGGCUUGCGGCCAGAUGCCGUCUGCCCGUGUGCAUCCUCCAGCGAAGCUCUGACAGUAUCGGUCAGGAGACCAGGCCGAGCUGGGGUAAACGCUACUGGACGUGGCGUGCUCUCCAUGUCUGGAUUGAGUUACGGUGUUGUUAGAGUAGAUCAAGAGAAUUCUCUUACCUCUUUGACUCUUCAAGAUUGCGGCCAAGUCAUGCCUGGAAGUAUCGUAGUGGUAAUCAAAAUGGAAGGGCAGCCGUUCAUCUGCAAAACGGACGAAGUAGGCGAGAUAUGCGUGCAUAGUUCAGCAACCGGGAACCAAUAUUGGGGAUUACAAGGAUUGACAAAUAACACGUUCAAAGUUUCCCCUCUUCAAGCCGAUGGAAGUCCGCUCGGCGACGUGGAAUACACUCGUUCUGGUUUAUUGGGUUUCCUGGGUCCUGGUGGUCUCGUGUUCGUUUGCGGAUCGCGCGAUGGUCUUAUGACCGUCACCGGAAGGAAGCAUAACGCCGACGACAUUAUCGCCACAGUGUUGGCCGUCGAACCAAUGAAAUUUAUUUAUCGCGGAAGAAUAGCCGUUUUCAGUGUACGCGUCCUGAGAGAUGAACGAAUAUGCGUCGUUGCGGAACAACGACCCGACUGCAGCGAAGAGGAAAGUUUCCAAUGGAUGUCUCGUGUCCUUCAAGCGGUAGAUUCCAUUCACGCGGUUGGAAUAUAUUGUUUGGCGUUGGUCCCGCCAAAUUAUCUCCCGAAAACACCGCUAGGUGGCAUUCAUCUGUCGGAAACGAAGCGACGUUUCUUAGAGGGUACUCUACAUCCGGCUAAUGUUCUUCUUUGUCCGCACACUUGCGUUACCAAUCUACCGAAACCACGCGAAGUCCAUUCAGCGGGGGAUUCUGUUGCAGACGUUGGUCCGGCCAGUGUCAUGGUGGGCAACAUUGUUCAGGGUAAUAGACUGGCAUCGGCUCAAGGACGAGAUAUGGGUGUCCUGGAUGAGGACAGUGAUAAUGCUAAAAAGUAUCAAUUCAUUUCGGAAAUAUUGCGAUGGCGUGCUGUCAGUACUUCUGAUCAUGUAAUCUUCACGUCAUUAAAUGCAAAAGGAGCUGUAGCAACUUCUUUAUCGUGCUCGCAGUUACACAAAAAAGCUGAACGAAUCGGGAAUCUGUUGUUGGAUCGUGGAAGAAUCAAUACCGGAGACCACGUAGCGUUAAUAUUUCCUCCUGGUACAGACUUGAUAUGCGCAUUUUAUGGUUGCCUUUAUGUUGGCGCCGUGCCAGUUACAAUUAGGCCACCUCAUCCGCAAAACCUCCAAACUACUUUACCAACUGUUCGUAUGAUUGUGGACGUCAGUAAGUCUGUGCUCGUGCUCACGAAUCAAAAUAUCCUGAAACUAUUGAAAACAAAGGAAGCGAACAAUGUUGUUGACAUUAAGAGUUGGCCAACGAUUCUCGAUAUGGACGACAUGCCAAAGAAGAAGUUACCUGUCAUGUAUCGAGCGCCCACGGCAGAGAUGCUGGCUUACUUAGAUUUCAGCGUCUCUACAACAGGAAUGCUUGCAGGAAUUAAAAUGUCUCAUGCAGCAGUGACGUCUCUUUGUCGUGCCAUGAAACUUGCCUGUGAAUUGUAUCCAUCCAGGCAUAUCGCUCUGUGUUUAGAUCCUUACUCUGGAUUAGGAUUCGCCCUUUGGUGUUUGAGUAGUAUAUAUAGCGGUCACCAUUCCAUACUUAUACCACCGUCAGAGGUUGAAGUUAAUCCAGCCUUAUGGUUAUCGGCAGUUAGUCAAUCCAGAGUAAGAGACACGUUUUGUUCUUACGGUGUAAUGGAGUUGUGCACCAAGGGUCUUGGUUCUUCUGUUCAUGCUCUAAAAGCAAGAGGCGUCAGUUUGGCCUGCGUCAGAACGUGUGUCGUCGUAGCUGAAGAAAGACCGCGAAUCGCACUUACCACGAGCUUCAGUAAACUCUUCUCUGCUCUGGGUUUAAGUCCACGUGCUGUCUCGACCUCUUUCGGGUGUAGAGUGAACACAGCUAUUUGUUUACAGGGUGCAUCGAGUCCAGAACCUUCUACAGUAUACGUUGAUCUCCGCGCAUUGCGCAAUGACCGAGUAUCUCUAGUUGAAAGAGGUAGUCCACAUUCUUUAUGCCUGAUGGAAUCAGGUAAAUUACUACCCGGAGUGAAGGUGAUUAUUGCCAAUCCGGAAACGAAAGGACAAUGCGGAGAUUCUCAUUUGGGAGAAAUUUGGGUGCAAUCUGCUCAUAAUGCCAGUGGCUAUUUCACGAUAUACGGUGACGAGAGCGAUUACGCUGACCACUUCAAUGCCCGUCUCGUAACUGGGAAUACAAAUGAAGUUUACGCCAGAACUGGUUAUCUUGGUUUCUUAAGACGUACCGAAAGCGUUCAGCAAUCGGUUAUCAGUGAUAUUCCCGGCGAUACUUCUGCCGAAGCGGAUCUUGUUCCUGGCGAUUCUGAAUUACAUGAUGCUGUGUUCGUAGUUGGUGCCCUCGAUGAGGCCAUUCUACUCAGAGGAAUGCGAUAUCAUCCGAUAGACAUUGAGAAUAGCGUGAUGAGAUGUCAUAAGAAAAUAGCAGAAUGUGCCGUAUUUACAUGGACCAACCUCCUAGUAGUAGUGGUGGAACUUGACGGAAGUGAAAGCGAAGCUUUAGAUCUCGUGGCAUUGGUUACCAGCGCUGUUCUAGAAGAACAUCAUCUGGUAGUCGGUGUAGUGGUCGUGGUGGAUCCUGGAGUAGUUCCAAUAAAUUCGCGUGGUGAGAAGCAACGAAUGCACUUGCGUGAUGGUUUUCUAGCGGACCAACUCGAUCCAAUCUACGUGGCAUACAAUAUGUGAGCGGAAAACGCAGAAAAUGCAUUAUCUACUGAACGAAAAAAGACUGGUAUCGUAGUUUCCAGUCGUGUUUUUACUCCCAUGUCGACACGUAGGUACUCCCGAUUCGAAAUCAUAAGCUGCAUUUCAAAUUUUUAUUCUUUCUCAUGGAAGUCGACUUUCCUAUGGAGAAACUGGAAUAUAUUACAAGGACUCAACGUAUUUUUAAAGCGAACGUCGUCCCUAAACAAUUUAUAUUCUUCUUUUGUAAAAAGAACGCGUAUAUUUAAAUUUUUUAUCUCGUUAAUACGUUAAAGAAGAGUAAGAAAGUUUGUAAUACUUCGAAAUUUUCAACACUCGGUUAUCACCAAUCUUUAUCAUUAGUAACAGAAAGUAUUAGAAAUAAUCAUCAAUCACACUUUCUGUAUUAGAAAUAAUCAUUAUAUGAACAACUAUUAGAUAUAUAAUUUUAUAAUUGAGAAACAGGGACGAUAUAAAAAACCGCUUUAUAUAUUCCGACAAACAAUUUAUUCAUAAAAAGUCACCAAUGAAGAAUUCUGCUUCAAAUAACGAUAAUCUUGAGACGACAUUCGAAGCAUUAUUAAAAGACUUAAAAGAGUAACGAGAUUUACAUUUAAUUGCACAAUAUUAACGAUUCUAAAGCCACAAAAAAAGAAAAGAAAGUAUAGUGAAUCAACAAAAUAUUUGCACAUCUUUUUUUUUCUUUGAAAUAUCAAACAAAAGUAACAUUAAUACGAAAUAUAUUCUUUAAUACGUUUUAAUAUAUAAAAUUAGUAUAUAUUCAAAACUUUCAAUUCUGAAAAUUUAUAAUUAUUUAAAUUGUUUUUUUAUAAAACAAAUGUUAUUUUGUGUGCGUGCUUUUAAUAUUAAAGCGUGUAAUGACAUCUUUCCAAAAUAUACGUACAAAUAAUUAUGAAUAAUUACAAGUGUGCCAAUAUUUUUCUUUUUUUAUCUUCUUUAAUAUAAUUGAAAGAUUUGAAAGUAUAUCUUAGUUCCAUAUAUUGAAAAAUAUUAAAUGUACGUUUGUAUUAAUAUAUAUCAUUGCAAUCAUGUAUCAUAUAUAAAAAUAUUUCAAGACAAGAAUGUGUGCUAAUAUUGUUUUGAUUCGCUGUAUAUAUGAAAUUAAUUUUCAAUAUCUUAAAACUUCAGACUGCCACGGACAAGUAUACAGCUCGGACAUGAUUCAGCUGUUUUCGCUAAAAUCGUGCUUUUAUACAUUAUAUUAUCUGAAUGUUAAAAUGACGAAUAUCAUUCAUUAUUUAUCAACGACAUCAGAACGGUAGUGAGCUUUUUUACAAGAUGAAAAAUGGAAAAUAUUAUUUUAACAGAAACGAAACUUUAACGAGUAUAUUUCAUUACAUAAGAAAUUACACUCUAUGAAAAUGUGAAUAAUUAUUCCAACAAACUACGUACAGGUAUAUAUAACUAUGUCUAUUAGAAAAAGUAAAUGAAUUUGAUACACUUUAUCGUAGAGUCGUGUAGCUUAACAAUUUUUUACUACGUAAAGUAAUGGUUAGUUAACAUAAUCAUACUAUUGUAACGUUUUAAAGUAAAAAAGUUUUAACUAUUAACAUUUUUUCUAAUAUAUUGUUGCUGGAAAAGCAUAUGCAGUUCGCUAUCGCUCUGACUAACUAAUUUUAUUAUUAUACAUUUCGUUUAAACAAAUUUCUAUGUUGUUGAUAUCUUACAACGAUUUCAUAUGAAUCGAUUUGAAAAUAUGACCGAGUGAUUUCAAAUUAGCAACAAGUUUAAUUAUAUUUAGCUGCGUUGCGCACAACAUCGCACUUUUAUACGUUUUAAAAUAUUUAUAUUAUAUUCUACAGCACGUAAUAAAUUUGAAAUACGGUAUGAUAUUUAUUCCAAUGUACUUCUUUUUUAUAUUAACGUCCAUAAAAAUAUUUUUCUUUUUUUUCAUCUUGAAAAAAAAAGUACAUAGAAUAAUAUAUUUUUAACUUUGUGAAAUUAAAAAAUGAUUUAUUACGUGCUGAGAGGGUACACUUUAAAAACCAUCUGGAAACCCAAUUACUUGGCCAAUUUUUCCAUAAAAAAAAGAGACCAGGACAACAGUAAGGCGAAUUCGCAUCUCAGGGUUUUAGAUCGUUUAUACGAACGAUAAUAUAGAAAGUGAAACUAUUUAGAACAAAGUCUUUUGGAUAACAUUUAAAAUAAAAAGCAAGGAAUACGAUAGCACAAAGCAUUCAAGCAAAUAUACAAUCGAAGUAGAUAGUAUCGAUGCGUCUUACUCUGCAAUUUCAAACUUUAGUCUAUAUGGAAAAGUUACCCUCGAACUAUAAAUAUCGGUGAAUAUACGCGCCAAAAAUUUACAUAUGCGCUAACUUUCUUUUUCUUCUUACCUUUUAUGCACAAAUGCAUUCUAUUUGUGAAACUGGUCUAUUUGACUAAAGCUCAAAGUCUAUGUAAAUCAACAAUACUACGAUGAUAAUCGACUUUUAGGUUAGAAUUAAUCGAAUCGAUGAUCAUAUUUUAUUUUUUACGUUAUACUUUACAAAAUAUUGGAAUACUUAUUUUAACUUCAAAAUUUGAUCGAUGAAAAUUAUCUUUGUGUUUUAUUUUAUUCAUUAACUGAAAUUUUCAUUUAAUUUUCGUAUCUAAAAUUUCAUUAUAUACAACAUAAUUUCGCUAAUCAAUUUUUUUAUCUCUUACAGAUUACAUUGUAUUGUAUGUAGUUAUAUUGUAUUCUCUCUUAAAACAGAUUAUUGAUUCUCAAAUUAAGAAAAAGGAAACGAAUGAAUUCAGAUUACAACGAGUAAAAUAUUGAGAAUAUAUAGAUUAUCAUUAGCCUACCUAUAAUUUUUUACAAUUCUGUUCUUUUAUUUUGUCUAAAAAUGAGAAAAAGAUCAGAAUUCCAAUUCAAACCUAAAAGUCGAAAGUCCUAUCGUUUCCUUCCUCGUUUCUUGGAAUUUUAUUAUUUUUGAGACUUUUUCUAUUGAUAUGUACAUUUGUUGAUAGUUUUAUAAUUUUAUACUCUUAUUUUAAUAUAACACAUAUAACUACAAGAUGUGCACUGUUCCAAGGGCACUGAUUGUUGCAGAGAGAAACACAUUGCGAUUAAAACGAAACAAAUUUGUCAAUUUUUUUUGCGUUAAAGGCUCGUAUUAAACUUCGUAUGAAAGUAGACACGUAUCGUCAUUGUUCUACAUAUCAUAAUCUUAUUUUUUUUAUUUCACGCUAUAAGAAUGUAAUUUAUAUUCAAUUUAUUCAAGAUUUCAAUUGCAUUAUUAACAAUUUUUUUUAAUAAAAUAUAAAAUUUUAUAUGAAAUAAAAUUAAAAUUAAGGCCUAUUUUUAGAAUGAAUAAAUAUUUUGUAUAAUAUUUUUUUGUAUAAUAAUUGUAUCAUUAUAAGUUUAUUUAAGAUAUAAAAUCUUUUAAAUCUCAAUGCGUUUGAAUAAAAAAAUUAAUCGCACAAAGCGUGUCUAUAGUGAAUACGAAGUCAUUAAUUAAAUAAAAAUACGAGCCUCAUAAUUGAAAGACGCUUUAUCGACGAACAAUUGCGAUCAUCGACGAUAACUUCAUUAGCGUGCGUAAUUCACAAAUUACAAUUAUCCCAGAUUCCGGGCGUCCAUUUACAGGCGCCAUGUAAAUAGGUAUAGAAACAGGCGUAUUAGAAAUCUUUUUUUUGACACGUCUUACAUUUACUGUACUCGUAUUUGCAAACACAAUUUUAAUGUUUGUUAAUACAAAAGUAUUUGAUUAUAAAUUUUCUUUUAGCUAACUUUGAUAAUUCAUAGUAACACAGUAAAGAAUCAAUAAUUAUUUGAUAUUCACAAUGAGAAGAAAAUGUAAAACGUUUCAAGUUUUAAAGGUUAAGCACGGUUUUAUCGAUUCGUUUCCUCCUUCUCUUUUCAUUUUCGUUUUUUUUUUUUUUUUAAUGAUUAAGGUAUCGUGCCAUGUCACCUUGCGUCCUUUUGCACUUUUACGCACAAAGAAACGUCCGUGAUAAGAAUAACGAUGCGCGUCACUUUACAUAAUCGUACAUCAGUGUUCACCGUUAUUUUAUUUAAAUAAUAACUGAACAGUGAGAUUCUCAAGAUAUUGAAUUAUAUACAAAAUGUACACAUAAAUUUGAGAAUCCGCGCAAAAACGCUUCUUUGUACGUAAAAGAUCUAGAAAUACAGCGGUGCACCCCGAUCACAGUAGGAAUGUGCAGCGUCAGGAAAUUUUUAUCGAAUUUGACUAUAAAAAAAAAAAAAAAAAAAAAAAGAACCCCGUUAUUUUAUGUAUUACGUAGUAAAGAUUUUUUUUUCUCUUUCUAUUUCGAUUAUACUAUCUACUUACGAAAUGUCUUCGUAUCAUUUCCAAGUACAAAUCGAAAUCAUAUUUUUCUCACUUGAUUGUUCAUUCAUUUGUUAUGUAAUCGUCUAUUUAACGAUCUGUACAUCUUCAGGGUAUUUUUAUCGAGCUAUAUAACUGAGUGAGAGAGAGCGAUUGAGAGUUUUUUCCACAAAAAUGUUUCAUUAUAAAGAAAGUAUUUUUCAUUGACGAGUAUACAUCAUGAUAGAUUUGAGCGAUAAUUUGUUUGAUAUUUACAUAAUACACGAAUUAACCGACCAUCCGCUAAAAUGGGGUUAUGUUACGAGAGAAUCGAACGAAAAAAAAGAAAAAAAACGUUACGCAAUCCUACGAGUGGGGCUGAGAGUGCGUGCGUGCGAGGAACCUGGUUGUAUUAUGUAUAAAUGUUGAUAACUAGUUGAUAGGAACGUGAAAAAUACUUGUCACACCGUUAAAUGAUUGCGUAUUAUCACGUUCAAUUUAGAACAAGGAGGUUAGGUUAGACCGAUUGUCAAAUCUUUGGACCUCUUUGAAAAAUGGUAUAUCGCGUAAUCCUGGACCGUGUCAAGUGGUUCUAGGCUGUGUAAAUAUUAUCCUUGUACCCAUGCGUUUAGAGGUUAUUAAGGUACAAUAUAGUUUGUACGUUGAAAUAUAUAUUAUAUAUAUAUAUAUAUAUAUAAAUAUUACCACACACAGAGUACUAAUAUAAACGGUCGCUGUCCUUACCGUAGAGCAUUUUGCCUGUAUCAAUCGGAUGAAAAUAUUAAUAUUUCGUGUAUUCAUCUCCCGUUAUCCAAUAUUAUUCCGUUUUUCAUUCCUCCUUAUCUCUUCGAUUGAGACGAGGGAGGAAUGAAAUAAUAAUUGAAAAGAGGACAAACGCGAUAUCGAAAAACGAUAUAGACAUCAUAGCGAUUUCUAUAGUCCGUAGCGGACUUUUUCCUUGUUAAAAAAAAAAAAGAAAAAAAAAAAGAAAAAAGGAAUGAAAAAAAUGCAACAAAGGACAUGAUUUGAGUCCUUACGGAACGAUCGUGUACUAGCGUAUCACGUGUUGCUUCGUAAAUUACUCGACCCUUUAAAUCAAGCGCCUCUUUGUAAUCACUCGAUAUUCACGAGGAGCUUCGCGAGCUACCAUCAAUAAACGUAAUGUACAUUUUUUGCAACGA